UAUGCUCUCAUUUCAUCGUCAAGCUACAAGAUAAUUGCUCUUAAGUGCUCGAUAAUGUUUUUCUAGUAAAGGUGAUAAGAAACCAACUCAUCCAAAAUUUGUAUUUGGUGUUCCUAAGGAAACAUUUCCUAAUGAAAAUAGAGUAGCUGCAACACCUGAAUCUAUUAAAAACUUAGUCAAAGAUGGUCAUUAAGUAUAUACUAAUAAUAUUUAAAUAGGUUCUGAUAGAGACUGGUGCAGGUUUGAAGGCUAAUUUUGCAGAUAAUGUUUAUCAAGAAGUUGGAGCAAAAGUUGUCGAUUCAAAUUCAGUUUAUGACUAAUCUGAUGUAAUAUUAAAAAUUAGACCCCCAGAUAAUACAAAGGCUUUAAAGGAAAACUAAACUCUUGUAAUUAUUAUUAAUAAAAUUAGACCUCUUUCAUAUACCCAGCAUAGAAUAAAGAAUUACUAAACUAAUUAUAAGAAAAGAAAAUUACAACAUUUGCUAUGGAAUGUGUUCCAAGAAUUACUAGAGCUUAAACAUAUGAUGCCUUAAGUUCUAUGGCCAAUAUUGCAGGAUAUAAAGCAGUUUUAUUGGCAGCAAAUGAAUUUGGUAGAUUUUUUGCUGGUUAAAUGACAGCUGCAGGAAAAGUACCACCUGCUAAGGUAUUAGUAAUUGGAGCAGGAGUUGCUGGUUUAUCAGCUAUUGUAACUGCUAAAAAUAUGGGAGCUAUUGUUAGAGCAUUUGAUACUAGAUUAGCAACAAAAGAAUAAGUAAAGUCUUGUGGAGCUGAAUUUUUGGAAGUCAAAAUAAAUGGAGAAGUUGUUGAUGGUGCAGGUAUUGGUGGAUAUGCUAAGGAAAUGGGAAAAGAAUAUUUAGAAGCAGAAUUAGCUUUAUUCUUAAAAUAAGCCAAAGAAGUUGAUAUAAUUAUUACAACUGCUCUUAUUCCAGGAAGACCAGCACCUAAAUUAUUAUCAAAAGAAUUAGUAGAAAAUAUGAGAUAAGGAUCAAUUAUUGUUGAUUUGGCUGCUGAAACAGGAGGAAAUUGUGAAUUAUGCAAACCAGGAGAAUUAUAUAAUCAUUAAGGAAAAGUUAAAAUUAUUGGAUAUACUGAUUUACCUAGCAGAUUACCUACUUAAAGUUCAACAUUAUAUGCUAAUAAUAUUGGAAAAUUGAUGUAAUACAUUGUAGGAACAAUCAAAGAUCCAAAUGGUUAAAUGACACAAGUGGAUUUGAAUGAUGAUGUUGUAAGAUAAUCAUUAGUAACAUUGAAUGGAGAAUUGAAAUGGCCACCUCCUCCUAUCAUUACAUCUAAGAGUGAACUCUAAUAAGCUGAUACAUCAAAAUCUGCUUCUCAUAAAAAAUAAGAAGUUAAAGUAGAUCCAUAUAAAUAAGCUUGGAAGAAUGUAAUUAAUACAUCAGCUUCACUUAUGGCAAUGAUGGCUUUAGGUUAUCAAUCUCCAAAUAUGGAAUUCUUAAAAAUGUUAAAUACUUUUGCUUUAGCAGGAAUUGUGGGUUAUCAAGUAGUUUGGGGUGUAACUCCAGCCCUACACUCACCACUUAUGUCAGUUACAAAUGCAGUAUCUGGUAUAAUUAUAGUUGGUGGUAUGGAAUUGAUGGAUGGAAAAUAUUUGCCAGGAUCUUUUACUGGGUUAUUGGCAGCUAUCUCUGUUGCUAUAGCAUCACUCAAUAUUUCUGGUGGUUUCUUAGUUACAUAAAGAAUGUUAAAUAUGUUUAGAAGACCCACUGAUCCUGCUGAAUAUAAUUAUUUAAUGGCAUUAGCAGGCGCUACAGGAGUACUUGGAUACUAUGGUGGACUCUAUUAUGGAAUUCCAAAAGAACCAUUAACAAAUCUUUCAUAUUUAGCUUCAUCUAUAGCUUGUAUAUUAGCACUUGCUGGAUUAGCACAAUAAUAGACAGCUAGAAUUGGUAAUAGUUUUGGUUGUUUGGGAGUUGGAUUGGGUGUUGCUGCAACUUUAGGAUAUAAAGGAUAUUCUCCAGAAUUAUUAGCUUAAUGGGCAUCAAUGGUGAUGUUAGGAGCUACUAUUGGAGGUACAGUUGCUACAAGAGUUGCUAUUACUGAUUUACCUUAAUUAGUUGCUUGUUUCCAUUCAUUUGUUGGAUUGGCAGCAGUAUUAACAUCUAUUGGUAAUUAUUUACAUGUAUUCCCUCAUUUGGCUGAAGAUCCAGCUGCACUUGUUCAUAAAUUAUCAAUUUUCUUUGGUAUUUUUACAGGUGGUAUUACAUUUACUGGAUCACUUAUUGCCUUUGCUAAAUUAUAAAAUCUGUUGCCUUCAAAUCCAACUGUUAUUCCUUAUCAUAAUUAAGUUAAUAUUGCAUUGGCAGCCUUAUCUGUUGCAUCUUUAUUAAUAUAUAAUUAAACAGGUAGUUUUGCUGUAGGAAUGACAGCCUUAUUAACAGCAACAGCUGCUAGCAAAGUCUUGGGAGUAACAUUAACAAAUGCUAUUGGUGGUGCUGAUAUGCCAGUUGUAAUUACAGUUUUAAAUUCAUAUUCAGGAUGGGCAUUAUGUGCUGAAGGUUUUAUGUUAGAUAAUCCAUUAUUAACUAUUGUUGGAGCAUUNAUUAAUACAUCAGCUUCACUUAUGGCAAUGAUGGCUUUAGGUUAUCAAUCUCCUAAUAUGGAAUUCUUAAAAAUGUUAAAUACUUUUGCUUUAGCAGGUAUUGUUGGUUAUCAAGUGGUUUGGGGUGUUACUCCAGCCUUACAUUCACCACUUAUGUCAGUUACAAAUGCAGUAUCUGGUAUAAUUAUAGUUGGUGGUAUGGAAUUGAUGGAUGGAAAAUAUUUACCAGGAUCCUUUACUGGGUUAUUGGCAGCUAUCUCUGUUGCCAUAGCUUCACUCAAUAUUUCUGGUGGUUUCUUAGUCACAUAAAGAAUGUUAAAUAUGUUUAGAAGACCAACUGAUCCUCCUGAAUAUAAUUAUUUAAUGGCAUUGGCAGGUGCUACAGGAGUGCUUGGAUAUUAUGGUGGACUCUAUUAUGGAAUUCCAAAAGAACCAUUGACAAAUCUUUCAUAUUUAGCUUCAUCUAUAGCUUGUAUAUUAGCACUUGCUGGAUUAGCACAAUAAUAGACAGCUAGAAUUGGUAAUAGUUUUGGUUGUUUGGGAGUUGGAUUGGGUGUUGCUGCAACUUUAGGAUAUAAAGGAUAUUCUCCAGAAUUAUUAGCUUAAUGGGCAUCAAUGGUGAUGUUGGGUGCUACUAUUGGAGGUACAGUUGCUACAAGAGUUGCUAUUACUGAUUUACCUUAAUUAGUUGCUUGUUUCCAUUCAUUUGUUGGAUUGGCAGCAGUAUUAACAUCUAUUGGUAAUUAUUUACAUGUAUUCCCUCAUUUGGCUGAAGAUCCAGCUGCACUUGUUCAUAAAUUAUCAAUUUUCUUUGGUAUUUUUACAGGUGGUAUUACAUUUACUGGAUCACUUAUUGCCUUUGCUAAAUUAUAAAAUCUGUUGCCUUCAAAUCCAACUGUUAUUCCUUAUCAUAAUUAAGUUAAUAUUGCAUUGGCAGCCUUAUCUGUUGCAUCUUUAUUAAUAUAUAAUUAAACAGGUAGUUUUGCUGUAGGAAUGACAGCCUUAUUAACAGCAACAGCUGCUAGCAAAGUUUUAGGAGUUACAUUAACAAAUGCUAUUGGCGGUGCUGAUAUGCCAGUUGUAAUUACAGUUUUGAAUUCAUAUUCAGGAUGGGCAUUAUGUGCUGAAGGUUUUAUGUUAGAUAAUCCAUUAUUAACUAUUGUUGGAGCAUUGGUUGGAUCAUCAGGUGCUAUUCUCUCUUAUAUUAUGUGCAAGGCCAUGAAUAGAAAUUUAACAAGUGUUAUUUUUGGUGGAUUUGAUGUUAAUCCAGCUGCUAUUUAAUCUACUAAAGUUGAAGGUACUCAUACUGAAAUCAAUGUUGAAUAAGCUGUUGAAAUGAUGGUUGGUAGCAAAUCUAUCAUCAUUGUUCCUGGAUAUGGUUUGGCAGUUGCUAAAGCAUAAUAUCCAGUUGCUGAAAUGUGCAAGACACUUAUUGAUUAAGGAAUUAAAGUUAGAUUUGGUAUCCAUCCAGUUGCUGGUAGAAUGCCUGGUUAAUUGAAUGUUUUAUUAGCUGAAGCUGGUAUUCCUUAUGAUAUUGUGUUUGAAAUGGAUGAAAUUAAUGAUGAUUUCCCUGAUACCGAUCUUGCUGUUGUAAUUGGAGCUAAUGAUACUGUAAAUUCAGCUGCUGAAGAGAAUCCAAAUUCACCAAUUGCAGGUAUUUUAUUGAAUUAAUUUUUUAGGAAUGCCUGUAUUAAGAGUUUGGGCUGCUAAAUAAUGUAUAGUUAUGAAGAGAUCCAUGGGUGUUGGAUAUGCUGCUAUUGAUAAUCCAGUAUUCUAUAAACCAAAUAACAAUAUGUUAUUAGGUGAUGCUAAGAAAACUUGUGAUGAACUUUCCUCAAAAAUAAAAGAACAUUUUAAAUGAU